GAAUGAAACGUAAUUAUCUCCCUCCAAACCCUCCAUUUCUAUUUACUCUCCAGAGUCCGUAGACCUUCUUUCGCGCAAUGGAAGACGACCACAACAAAGGGAAAAGGCAGCAAGAGAAGGAGCAAGACGAGGUGCGGUACCGAGGAGUGAGGAGGAGGCCGUGGGGGAAGUAUGCAGCCGAGAUUCGAGACCCAAAUAGGAACGGAGCGCGGUCAUGGCUCGGGACUUUUGAGACCGCGGAGGAAGCGGCCCGGGCUUACGAUAGGGCGGCUUUCAACCUGAGAGGCCACAUGGCGAUCCUGAAUUUCCCUCACGAGUAUUAUCCGAAAGUCAUGGGGUCUCCUCCAUACCCGCCUGGGAUUGCGACUUCAAUGGCUCGCUCUUCGGGGUCGUCGUCUUCGGGUAGUAACACGAAAGAGAGCGGGAAAGGGAAGGAGGUUUUUGAGUUUGAGUACUUAGAUGACAAGAUAUUGGAGGAGCUUCUUGAGCAAGAAGAAGAGGGGAAGAAGAAAUGAGGAUCGCAGUGUAGACGUUUGAGUUUUAUGGAGAUCAAUUAUUCCCGAAUGACCGAAAGGGCAUCGUGACGCAAGAAGAUGGGGGUUGAAAGACUAAAUUGAGCCACUGAUUGGAGCAUCUCAAAGACUAUUUGGUCAUCA